AUGAUUUCCCUCUUGGUCCCUAAAUCGAAAGCGAAGCAAUGGAAGGAUUAUUUACAGGAUCUAAAUUGUUUCCCUAAAUCAAUUGGAAUCGUUUCAGGCUCCAAAAUAUCGGCUUAUUUGGAUAGUCAGACAAGUGAUGUUCCUUUAGACAAAUAUGUAUUAAUACCCACUUCUUUUGAGGAAAAUAAUUUACCAAAAGAAAUAUUUAAUUGCUCUGAACUCCAAAUUAUUCAUAAUGCAUCAUUGCCAACGGAUAUGGAAAAAAGUUCCUUACAAGAACGCAUCUUGGCUUGCGUAGCUGAAAUAGUUGGAAAAAAGGUAACAGAAGAACAAUUCAUUGUUCCUACGAGGUUUGUUAUAUAUUCCCCAAUGGCUCUACUGUCUCCAAGUAGUUUCUCUACGAAAGAAUGGGUUGCUUUUCUUCACCGGUAUAGAAAUACAGAAGAAGCGAAUAGGCUUUUUUCGAUUUUUGCAAAGGAAUGGAGAGUUACUCAUAUUGCACUAAAUGAGCCAAUUCCGAUAGAUGAUGUUAUGAGAAGGCCAUUGGCUUUGCAACCUCUUUAUGGAGAUUUUGGAAAACCAGUGUGGGAAGAACCGACUGCUGAAGAUUUCAGUAAUGCGUUUUGGGUUCAUUGCAAGCAAAAUGGAAUCUAUCAGACAUGGGCUCCACUUUAUACAAUGUUUUCUCGGGGGAAUUCGGUUGAGAAAGCAAGAGUUCUAAAGUUUAAUAAUAUUUCGAAUGAGGUUAUUGCUGAUUUAUAUGCUGGCAUUGGGUAUUUUUCUUUUUCAUAUGUUAAAGGAAAAGCUAAAAGUGUUUUCUGUUGGGAAAUUAAUCCUUGGAGCGUUGAAGCGUUACGUAGAGCUGCUAUUGCCAAUAAUUGGUCUGUUUGCAUCGUUCGGCAUACUGAGGAGUACGAUUUUGGAGUGGGAUCUCAUCAACUUGUAGUUUUUCAUGAGAGUAAUGAAUACGCGCAUUCGAGAUUAAACUCUCUAGGUACGUCGGUGAGACACGUCAAUCUUGGAAUGCUUCCCUCUAGUAGAGAUACAUGGGACAUGAGCACUUCUAUUGUUAGGCGAGAACCUGGGUCUUCUAUUCAUGUACAUGAAAACGUAACAGAGGAUCGUAUAGAAAAGUAUGGUGAGGAGAUAAACUCAGCUUUUACAAACAAAUUAGGAAUACAAACCACAUAUCAGGUUAAUCGGGUGAAGUCGUUUUCGCCUAGAGUUUGGCAUGUUGUAUACGAUAUACAAACAGUUGAUUAA